GUAUAUUGUAGUUUUUGUUUAGAUGUUGUUUUUAUUUUUCGCGUACCUUGCAUUUAUGGGCCUACACAGUAAACAAACAGUGCAUUUGACGAGUAGAAUUUUAAACACCAUAGAUUGGGUUAGUAUUUAAUACUUGGGGGUGGCCCGAUGAGAUAUAUUUAUAAUAAACCCCUUGGUUUUUUCUUUCCUUGUUUUUCUAUCUAAAAUCAUAAUAUAAUUCAAUGAAGUUCCAUUCUGUUUUAGCUGGUGCAUCUGCUAUUGGUUUAGCAUUUGCAGCCGAUUCCUCAUCUUGUUCUUUUUCAUCAACCACUAUUACUGCCGCUACUGGUGUUGAACAACUUAAUGCCUGUCCUACAAUUGCUGGUGAUAUCGAAGUUACUGGUGAUCAGUUAGGUAAUGUUGAUUUGAGUUCAGUGGAAGAAAUUUCUGGUAACAUUAAAUUAUUUAAUUCUUCAUCUGUUACAGCCAUUAACUUGAAUCAAUUGGGUAAAAUUUCAGGUUCCCUUUCUAUUACUGCUUUAACUCAAUUAUUUUCAGUUGAUUUGUCUUCCUUGGAUGAAGUUGAAACAUUAUCAUUAGUUUCCCUUCCUUCAUUUGCAACCUUAAACAUUAAUAAGGGAAUUAGUAAGGCAUCUCUGAUUGAAUUAUCUGACACUGCUUUAUCUACUCUUAAUGGGUUUACUACUACUUUCAAUACUAUUGGAAGUUUAAAUGUCAAUAAUAACAAAAAUAUUUCAACUAUUGACCUUUCAAAUUUGAACACUGUUUCUCAAGGUUUAAUCUUAAGUUUCAACAAUGAUAAUUGUACUGUUGAUAUUUCUAAUCUUAAUUGGGCUUCUAACUUAACCAUUCAAGAUGUUUCAGAAAUCAAUGCUUCUAAUUUAACUUCCGUGAAUGGAACUUUCAACAUUGCUUAUAAUACAUUUAAGGAAGUUGAAUUCGAUAACUUAAAGGAAGUUGGAGGAGCAUUUCAAUUUUAUGCUAAUGAUGAUGUUAACGACAUUGCAUUUGACAAAUUAGAAACUAUUGGUGGUGAAUUCCGUCUUUUCAACAACACUGAUUUACAAGAUAUGAACAGUACAUUCCCUAAAUUAUCUAAAGUUAAGGGUGCAGUCAAUGUUCAAGGUGUUUUUGGAAACUUUACAUUGCCAGACUUAUCAGAAGUAAAUGGUGAUUUCACAGUUAUUACUACUGAUGAAGACUUUUCUUGUGAUGAUUUUGACAAUUUACAUAGUAAGAGUAGUAUUGAAGGUCAUAACUACACUUGUUCUGCUCCAACCAAGUCAAGCAGUCAAUCUGGUUCUAAGACUGGUUCAGGAUCUGGUUCAAAAUCUACGGGAUCCGGUUCUUCUGACUCUUCUAGUUCUUCUGGUUCAUCUUCCUCUUCUGGAAAGAAAUCCGAAGGUAACAAUUUGAGAGCUAGUUACAUUGGUGUAUUAUUUACAGUUAUUGGUGGUAUUUUUGUUAUCACCCUUUAAAGAAAAGGACUUUCAAAAAAUAAAAAAAAAAUUAUCAAGCUAGAAAUUUAUAUAUACACACAUCUUUAUACCACCACUAAUAAUAUUAU